CAGUUCCGUCCCAACACGGAAAUAUAGAAUAGUGACAGGAGCGGUUGUCAUGGUUUUAAAGCGAUACUCGUUGCUUUAAUUUUUUUCUUUUUACUACUUUUGUUAACAACGCACAGAGUUUUAAGCGAUGUUAAAAGUCAGAAUUUUGCUGUGGGACAGAUGGACGCAAUCGCUGGAACCGAGGAGAGAGUUCGACCUCUGUUGUUAGUUCAAUAGCUUUUCUUCCGUUUGUGUCGGAUCAUGAAACAAAGUGUUUUAGGGGUCAUGGGGGCGCUAGGACACCUGCUACUGUUUCUUCUCCUGCUGUCAUGGGAAAGCAAACUUUUACAGGUUGGAGGAGUCAGGUCAGUCACCCUCCCGGAGUCCCUCCUGCUUGUCUCAACCCUGGACGGUAGUCUGCAUGCUGUGUCCAAACAGACAGGAGACAUCAAGUGGACCUUAAGAGAAGACCCCAUUAUUCAAAUACCAGUCUACCUCAGAGAACCAGCUUUUCUCCCAGACCCUAAUGAUGGCAGUUUAUAUGUACUUGGUGGAAAGUACAAGGAAGGCUUGAUGAAACUGCCAUUUACUAUCCCAGAGCUGGUUCAGUCAGCUCCCUGCAGAAGCUCUGAUGGCAUGCUUUAUACAGGAAAAAAACAGGAUGUGUGGUUUGUAGUGGAUCCUGAAACGGGUGAGAAGCAAACCAGUUUAACCACCUCCUCCUCUGAGUCUAUCUGCCCCAACACUCCUCUGCUCUACAUUGGACGCACAGAGUACAUGGUCACCAUGUUCGAUACUAAGACACAAGAACUGGGAUGGAGCGCUACAUACAAUGAUUACUCCGCCCUUCCUUAUGAUGAUAAGCAAGACUACAAAAUGGCCCAUCUGGUGUCAAGUGGUGAUGGUCUUGUUGUGACAGUUGAUAGAGAGUCAGGUGAUGUACUAUGGAGUCAAAACUAUGGCUCACCCGUUGUGGGGGUGUACCUGUACUCUGGGGACUCGCUGAGACACGCCCCUCACCUGUCCCUUGCUAUGGAAACACUACGGUUCCUCACCUUCUCCUCCGCUAAAAACCAGGCAGAAGCACACUCUACCUUGAAGUGGAGCUAUCAGUUUGUGAAGGAGCAAGCCACUGCACAAACACAACUAGUACCCACUCUCUAUGUAGGAAAAUUGAACUCCCACCUCUAUGCCUCAACAUCUCUCGUCCACCAUGGAGUCUCAUUAGUGCCUCGGGGACUAACCCUGGCACGGAUAGACGGUCCAAUGACUGUUGGAGUGACGGUCAGUGAGAAAGGGGAGUGUGAGAUCACACCAUCCACCGAUGUGCGUUACCCACCAGGGAGCACAAACAGCAAGAAAAACCAAUGGCUGCUAAUAGGUCACCAUGAGCUCCCUCCAGUAGCACACACCACCAUGCUGAGAGAUUUCCCAGCCUCUCUGCAGCAUUCUGGUGAGGCAGUCAUCCCCCCUCGAUCUUCCGCCUCUCCAGUCUCCUCUGCCUCCUACUACCAUCAGCACUAUUUUCAGACAGUUGGUGGCAGCCAUGGUGACACUAAUACUAAUAAAAGAGGUGCUGGGAGCAGGACAACGGAACAGGAUCAGAGGCCUGCCACUAUGCUGCCUGUCUAUAUGACUCAGGACCGUCUGACGCUGGCUGUCCUGACGCUGCUGCUUGGAGGAUGGCUUGCUUUUGCACUCACUUGUCCUAUCCGUACAGCCAAACAACUGAAAGCUCAAAGGCAGCUGGAGGAGGCUUUUGAGUCUCGCCUCCAGCGCAUGCAGACACAUAUGCAGACCAGCAUGCAGACAGCAAAUAUUCAGACCACCACCUCAGAUUCUGCAGACGUGACCAUGUCUGUUGACACAGCUGUUACUAGUGUCUCUCCACCUGCAUCAAAUGAUGCUCCUCCUAGUCUUCACAGUCGCAGCAGUAGUAACUCAGAUACAGAUAAAAAUGGCACAACUGACCACAGAUCUGCGGCAGAAGGAAAUGGUGAGGAAGUGCUGGUAGGAAAAAUCACCUUUGCACCCUCUGAGGUUCUUGGUCAUGGCACAGCAGGAACUUUUGUGUUCAGGGGAAGAUUUGAUGGACGUAACGUGGCUGUAAAGCGAAUCCUGCCAGAGUGUUUUGAGGUAGCAGAGCGUGAGGUGCAGCUCCUGCGGGAGUCUGACACACACCCAAAUGUCAUCCGAUACUUCUGCACAGAGAGAGACCGCCUCUUCACUUACAUCGCCAUUGAGCUGUGUGCUGCAACCAUGCAACAGUAUGUAGAGGACCCAGCUUCCUUUCCUGAGCUGAAUCCUAUAACUCUGCUGGAACAGACCAUGUGUGGACUCCAACACCUCCACUCACUCAAUAUAGUCCAUCGUGACCUGAAGCCUAGAAACAUUCUUCUUUCUGGUCCAAGUGCAUUGGGUCAAAUCCGAGCUCUCAUCUCAGACUUCGGGCUCUGUAAGAAGAUCCCCGACGGUCGGACCAGCUUCUCCUUGCGUUCUGGAAUACCGGGAACAGAGGGGUGGAUAGCUCCUGAAGUGCUGCGAGAUACACCUGGAAAUAAACCAACAGCAGCUGUGGACGUGUUCUCAGCAGGCUGUGUGUUUUACUAUGUGGUCAGCAGGGGGCAGCACCCUUUUGGUGACGCAUUGAGACGGCAGAUCAACAUCCUGUCAGGAGAAUAUUCCCUCUUGCAUUUUAUGGAAGAUAUCCAUGAUGAUGUCAUAGCACGUGAUCUGAUUGAGCAAAUGAUCAGUGCUGAGGCGGAGUCACGCCCCUCCACCGCCUGUGUACUCAAACAUCCAUUCUUCUGGAGUCCCGAGAAACAGCUGCUCUUUUUCCAGGAUGUGAGUGACCGCAUAGAGAAGGAACCAGCAGACAGUUCGAUUGUAGUCAGACUAGAGACUGCAGGAAGAGCAGUAGUUCGAACCAACUGGAGGAUGCAUAUCUCUGUGCCUUUACAAACAGACUUGAGGCGUUUCAGAACAUAUAAAGGAAACUCUGUUAGAGAUCUGCUUAGAGCCAUGAGAAAUAAGAAGCAUCACUACCACGAGUUGCCGCCAGAGGUACAGGAAACUCUUGGUGAGCUGCCCGAAGGCUUCGUCAGCUAUUUCACCUCACGGUUUCCACGGUUACUGAUGCACACACACGCUGCUCUGCACGUCUGUGCCCAUGAGAGGCUGUUUCACCCCUACUAUCUGCCCCCCAAAGCUAAAUAGCCUUCAUAUGACUUUGCACUCCAUGCUCCAUGUGCACAGCAACAGAAAUCCUUGACAGUACCCGUUAUUACUUUUGUAAAGCCCGUACUGUUUCUUUUUUUGGUUUAUAUUUGGGGAAGAUACAGUAAUAUGGAAAAAAGGUAUUCAUGUGCCUGUGGUCGUUUUUAUAAAUUUAUUUUACGGGAUUUUAUUUGGCCCUUUUUCAAAAGGCUUUAAACAUCUUAAAAAGAAUAAUCUUUUUGAGCCUCUGAAAAUUUGUUUCUGGGAAACAACACUGAAGCAGAUAGGAAAAAAAACUAAUAAAAAUUGCAUUAGCAAUUUUAGAAAUACUUCAGAAUAAAAACAGCCAUUGUGACAGUGGAUCUGAUUUUUAAAGAAAGUCUGAAACGUAUAUAAUGUUCCUAUUGCAUUAAGAUAAUAUAUUUUAUCUGUAAAAACAACUAAAGAAUGGAUCUGAAGUACCGCACUUGUCUCAUGUCUAAAAUGAAACUACUCAGAUUUACGUUCAAAUUUUUAAGAGUUUAUCUAUCAAGUGACUCAGAGUCAGAUUUACCUGAAAUAAAAACCUUUGAAUUUUAGUGCACAAACUUUGUUACAACACUGCUAAUAACUCAGGCACUGGAUAACUGGUUUUAUUAAAAAAAUAAAUAAAAAUAAAAAAAUGAAUAGUUGAAAGUGUUACAAGGCUUACUGGGCAACUUUUGUACUUUUUUUUGCAUGAGUGAAAUAAAAUGAUGCUUUGGGUGUGCCAAAGGAUAAAGUAAAA